GAAUAAUCUACGUUGGCGGGUACGGAGAGAGAGAGAGAGAGAGAGAGGUUAUAAUAAGAAGAAGCUGGUACCAGUGCCGAGCUCAGACGCUGUAACCAGAAAGGGAGAUUUUCGUUUCUCUCUUUGAGAAGAAGAGAUGGAAUCGGAGAAGAAGGAGAAGGAGGAGAAGCGCGCGAAUGCGGGAGAAGGAAUCGUGGCCGUUAAUCCGCGGCCGAAGAAGGGAUUAGGGGCGAAGUUUGUGGAUGCUUUGGAGAAGCUGAUCGUCUGGGCAAUGUACAAUUCGUCGCAGCCGCACCAUUACCUGGCGGGGAAUUUCGCUCCGGUGCUUGAGGAGACGCCUCCCUGCAAGAAUCUUAUCGUCAGAGGACAUCUUCCGGAAUGCUUGAAUGGAGAGUUUGUUAGAGUGGGUCCAAAUCCGAAGUUCGCUCCGGUUGCUGGAUAUCACUGGUUUGACGGAGAUGGAAUGGUUCAUGGGAUGCAUAUCAAAGAUGGAAAAGCUACCUAUGUUUCACGUUACGUAAAGACAUCACGCCUUAAGCAAGAAGAGUUCUUUGGAGGGUCAAAAUUUAUGAAGGUUGGUGACCUUAAGGGAUUUUUUGGACUUUUUAUGGUUAACAUGCAAAUUCUUCGAGCAAAACUGAAAGUCCUGGAUGUCUCAUAUGGAACAGGGACAGGUAAUACAGCUCUCAUAUAUCAUCGGGGUAAACUUUUGGCACUCUCAGAAGCUGAUAAGCCUUAUGUCCUUAGAGUUCUGGAAGAUGGUGAUCUGCAAACACUUGGGAUGUUGGAUUAUGACAAGAGAUUGUCCCAUUCUUUCACUGCUCACCCGAAAGUCGACCCUUUUACUGAUGAGAUGUUUACCUUUGGUUAUUCACAUGAUCCACCUUAUGUUACUUAUCGAGUAAUUACUAAGGAUAGCGUCAUGCUUGAUCCAGUACCAAUAACAAUAUCGGAACCUGUCAUGAUGCAUGACUUUGCCAUCACUGAAAACUACGCAAUCUUCAUGGAUCUGCCUCUGUACUUCCGACCAAAGGAAAUGGUGAAGGGUGGGAAGCUAAUCUUCUCAUUUGAUGCAACAAAGAAAGCUCGCUUUGGUGUACUCCCACGAUAUGCGAAAGAUGAGCUUCAAAUCAGAUGGUUUGAGCUCCCAAAUUGCUUUAUCUUCCAUAACGCUAAUGCUUGGGAGGAGGAGGAUGAAAUUGUUUUGGUCACUUGUCGACUUGAGAAUCCUGAUCUGGACAUGGUCAGCGGAACUGUGAAAGAGAAGCUUGAAAACUUCAAAAAUGAGUUAUAUGAAAUGCGAUUCAACAUGAAAACUGGUAUUGCUUCACAAAAGCAGCUAUCAGUAUCUGCUGUAGAUUUCCCUCGGAUUAAUGAGAGUUACACUGGCAGGAAGCAACGGUUUGUCUAUGGAACCAUUCUUGACAACAUUACAAAGGUCAAAGGCAUCAUCAAGUUUGAUUUGCAUGCGGAACCAGAGGUUGGGAAAUCAAAGCUUGAAGUUGGAGGAAACAUUCCAGGCAUCUUUGAGUUGGGAGCUGGAAGAUUUGGUUCAGAGGCGAUAUUUGUUCCUCGUAAGCCUGGUAUCACUUCGGAAGAGGAUGAUGGAUACUUGAUAUUCUUUGUACAUGAUGAGAACACCGGGAAAUCUGAAGUCAAUGUAAUUGAUGCGAAAACAAUGUCAGUGGAUCCAGUUGCUGUUGUUGAGCUACCCAACAGAGUUCCGUAUGGAUUCCAUGCCUUUUUUGUAACGGAGGUCACAACUCCGACAACAGGGAAAGCUUUGAUUAUUAAAGCUCCUAAGUUGCAGAAAAUACUCUGCUGAUGAAGGAUAUUGCGGAAUAUUUCAGGCAACACCAAUCAAGAGUAUCUUGUCAUCUACCUGUGAUACUAAAGCUACUCUAUGAAAACUCUACACGAAGUCUUCUAAAGGAAAAGCAUGAGAUUAUCCGCAUAAGAAAAGCACGAAAACCCAGUCAAUGCCCCUUAUUUACCCAAGCCAAAACAGAAGUCGACGAAUCUUCUGUCAGUUUUCAUGUUUGUUCAUAUCAGUGUAUGUUUGUUGGCUAUCAUGUUGCUUUUAUGAUUCAAUCA